ACCACAUGAAAACAUCAUUCGAGAUUUAACAUGACAGAUCGUACAAUUUGUGAUUAUAAACGUUCGUACGUACGGACAGUCAGUAUGCCUAGAACAUUUUUAGUGAAACGGACUGAGGAGAUAAUAUAUGAAAGUGAAACAAACACUGAUAUUGAUUCACUAAGAACAGCUGAUUUGGAAAUUUGUGUUAACGGGGAAUUAACGGAACCAGCUCGUGGUGAGUCAUGCACAUCGAAAGCAGACGACCCACUCCCUCUAUCUAAGCAGACGAUUGUAUCAGAGUCAUCCGUAAACGUCACCAGAAUGGACCCAUCGAGCACGUCAGCUUCCUUGAAAGGGUUGGAAUGUUGGGACGCAAACUCUGACAAUUUAACAACAAAAUCUGAGAUUGAAAGUAAUAGUGUAAAACAAGACUCUAACAUGAAAAGCAUUAGCGACCUCAGUUCCAAAUCCACUGCAACAAUUUCUAAGUGCAGAAAUAAAGAGAACACAAAUUGUGAGCAAAUGAAUAUCUCGGGCGGAGAAAGUACAGGGGUACUUCUUACCAAAGCUUUGAACACUCUCGUAAGCGGUGAGUACGAAAUGAUAACACCACCUAGAAAAAACAAAUCUCCGAAGCAAAGUAGCAAAAAAGUAGCUCUGUUUCGACCGUACGAGUUAGACAACGGAAAAUCAAGUGAGAGAAAAUAUUUGAUUCCCACACAGUCGCCGAUGUUAUUUAGGUCCAAUUAUUGUAGUUCUGGACAAGAGUGGUUGAUUGAAAAACGAUCUAAAUCCGAAGCAAUCAUGAAUCGAGUGAACUAUCAUGAGGUUCCUCAGAAAACUGUCACUAGCAGCCAAAACCCAAAAGCAGAUUUGACUAAACUAGCAGAGGAAAAAAGUGAUUCCAGCAAUUCAGAAGUGACAAAAUUUAAAGAAAAUGAGCAAGCAAAAAACUCGUGUGUAAAUAACAGUUUGGAAAUUGUGUCACCGGAACCGAAGACAGUCAAACUUCCACCAGUUCUCUUACCUUUACCGCGUCCAAUAAGAUCGUCGACACCUAAAACAUCACCAUGUCCUUCACCUAAUCUGGUACAUGUAACACCUAUUCCAGAAGCAAAUUUUCAACGUAAAGAACUUGUGUCAGCCGUUAGUGGUAGUGUAUACAGUGCGUCAGCUUCUCCGGUGCCGCAGUCAAUCUACAGAUAUGAAAUGUGUGAUACUAUGAAGCCCAAAUUUAUUCCGUACCAGCAGACGCAAAGUGAUAUACCGUCUGCAGCUCAGGAACGUCCGGUUCACGUGCGAUAUCAUACGUCUGUUGGACAUCGACUUCCACUGAAGCACAGUUAUAAACAUCAGAAUUUGGCGAGCGAGCAGACGAUGGAAAGGUCGCGAUCGCCAAUUAGGCACGAGUCCGAACAAGAAAUUAGUAUAAAAGACAGAUAUCGGUCAAAUAGUUGCCCACCAAUUUCAAAACAUUCGGAUAUGACAGCUAUUAAAACUGAAACACAUACGAAUCAAUGCCAGGUACCAUCUAUUCCACAAAGAGGAGUUUUAUCCAGCUCGACCAAAAACUACAUUGACGCCGUGAAGGAAACCUGGGCAGCGCACCACGCGGUUAUGACCAGCAGAAUGCCGUUGUCAAGUUGUAAUAAACCUGUUUUGCCGUCAUUUUCAACAUUUACUGACAAACUUUCAGAUAUUCAUGAUAAAACGUCAUCAGCGCCAAUUCUAAGUGAGAACAGAGUUCCAAGUCUAGACAAUAUCAAAAUAGCUGGUUCUAAUCAAAAACAUGUACGAAGUAGAAGUGAAGAAAUGCUUCAAAUAUCAGACACUUGUACUUCUCAAGUACGACCGCCGUCUACAGACACUACCUGUCGAACAAAUUUAGAAAAAACAAAACAUGUCGGUGAAGCCAUUCCAGUUAGUUGUUAUAGAAACUUUAAUAUAGAUGCAUACAAAGUUCCACAAUUUGGCAGCCAACACGCAACAAAGGCAAGAACAUGGCACGUUCCAAAAGGAAAUCGCGUAAUGUCACCGGAACCGGAAGUUGAAAUCAGUUACAAACAUACUAGUCAUGUUGAAAAAGAGAGCGAAAAAAGGACCGCGGAUGGGGUAAACAGGGCACACACAUCCGGACCCCACACAUCAGUUUCUAGUCACCAGGGCACUUGUCCAGAUAAUGUAUUGAAAAAUAUGCAUCGUCAGUGGGCAUAUGAUUCUAGUCACUAUGUUAAGCAAUAUGGCAACAUAUCAGAACACUAUGCAACGGAUUGUACGAAAAAAAGUGCAAGUUCAUGUACUAACAAUACCGCUAUCCCUGAAAUAAAGAAACAUUUCAAUCCUGCCGUAGAUAUAUACAAAGAUCCGACGCCUUUUACACUGCCACUGCUAGAUCCCAAACUCCGGAUGUUUAUACCACCACAGGUCUUCAACCCGAGGUUGAUGACUACGCCUGGCCUUGCACCCGGUCUAAUGCAUCCAUUGCAUAUUCCUCGUUUAAACGUCGAUGGACAUCAGACCUAUUCUAGAGAAGAUUUUAAACCAGACGUCACCUCAAUGUGUACAACAUUGCGACAGCAAACCCAGAAAACGCCUUUGGUUCGAAACUCAUCCGAGGACAGAACUUAUACUGAUAGAAACCCUAUUAAGCAACUCAAACCUAGCACCAUUGACCCCCGACGUCCGCUCAGCACGUCGGCAUUACAGAACCAGCCGGUGCUGCCGACAAUGACGCCGGAACCGAAAGUGCCACUUGCACCACUCAUGAUGAUGAUGAAGAAUACUAACCAGACACCUACCGCCAAUGUUGAAGUGAUCAACGGAGGUUAUGGAAUAAAGAAUCCAACAUUUAGUGCGCCAAAGGUCCAAGACUUCCCCGAGCAAUGCGUUAAUCCAGAGUCGUCCAAGUUCAUUUGCAAGUUCUGCAAUAAAGAGUUCGCCCUGCAGCGUCUUUUGAACCGCCAUCUCAAGUGUCACAGUGACUCGAAACGUUACCUGUGUACCUUCUGUGGGAAAGGAUUCAACGACACGUUUGAUUUGAAACGCCAUACACGUAUACAUACAGGAGUAAAGCCGUACAAGUGUCCGUCUUGUGACAAGGCAUUCACUCAGAGAUGUUCCCUCGAGUCGCACACCAAGAAAGUGCAUGGAAUUGAUCUACCAUACGGCUAUAAACAGAGACGUACAAAGGUAUAUGUUUGCGAAGACUGCGGUCAUUCAACGUCAGAUCCGGAAGAUCAUUUCCGCCACUUACAGCAAAAUCACCCAUUCUGUCCAGCUCUGCAACGAUGCCACGACAAACGUCAGUUUAAAUUCAGAGCCGAUCCACAAGGAAAUAAAAAUAAGGACAUUGGCGAUAUUAAUACACUGUCUGAUAAUAGAAGUGAGGAAGAGUUAGCGGAAAUAAGACACUCUGAAGCAGCAGUUAAUAGAUUGAAUCAUGAAGAAAUUGACGGGAGGACUGAGGCAGAUAUUGCUGUCGAACAUUUGCAAGGUAUCGUUGAGAAGGACCGUGAGAAUUACGAUGGAAUUUGUGUACAGGGUAGUGAUCGGGAACGAACUCCGGUUGCUGAAAGUGAUGUUAACAAAUUAGCCGAGACUGGACCAGAAACAGCUCUCGGUGUUCACAAUAAGAAUACGAAUGUGAUCAAUAGCGGACUAGCGACACGUAGCACAAAUAGUUACUCUGACAUUUCUAGAGAUAUUUAUCCAAAUCAAAAAGUAUAUAUUUCACCUAAGCCUGAACAUACCGUUGGUAAUUCAAAUACAAGAAACGUGAUAAAAACAAUACCAGAACCAACUAAACGUCUGGCAGCCUCGGAACCAGUCAGUGUUUCUCCUAAGAAGAAACUAAAGUCAGUUAAUUCCCCAAAGAAGAAUAAAUCAAGUACAUCACCAAUGAAAGUCAGACCUCUACAAUUUGGAGUGUCGGAAAAUGGUGGAAGUUUGCCGAAAUACGACACAGAAAAUGUUGUUAGUAAGAAAACUACAGACAACGUUUUCAAGAAGCGUCCAUUAGGUUCACUUACACAAAAUACCUUAAAUCAACAGAAGAACAAUUUAAAUACACAGUAUAAUGACAAUCAUAUUCCUGUGGUUAAGAAACCGCUAGGAAAUAUAAUGGGAAAUAUGCAAUGGUGA